GUGCUGCGACCCUGAGAGGGUUUGAGAGCUGACUCAGGCUCUGGGGCGGAAACUGUGCGGGUGUUUGUUUGCGUGCACGCGCGUCCGUGUUUGCGGGAAGGCGUGGCUCCCGCAGCUCUUCGUCCAGAUGUCAAACCAGCCGCAAAUGGACUGGAGCACGUUUUUGUGAGGAUUAUUUUUUCUCUCUGUUUCGAAGAAGAAGAAGAAGAAGGGAUUAACAAAAUCCGGGUGGGAUUUAAAAGGAAAAAAAAAUAUUGGUUGCAGAUGUUUGUUUCCCGUUUUUCUCUCUGCUUGCUGUAAGAGGAGGAGAUACUGAGGAGAGACGAUGCCGGUUCCCCCGCCGCCCCCUCCUCCCCCACCCCCGACCUUGGCUCUGGCCAACACGGAGAAACCCGUCCUGAACAAGUCUGAUCAGCAGAGCAGGAACGCGCUACUGUCGGACAUCAGCAAAGGAGCUCGACUCAAAAAGACCGUCACUAAUGACCGCAGUGCACCUGUACUCGAGAAGCCCAAAGGAGGAGGAGGAGGAGGUGGUGGGGGAGGAGGAGGAGGAGGUGGUGGUGGUGGGUUUGGAGGCGGCGCUUCAGGAGGACUUGGAGGCCUGUUUCAAGAUGGCAUGCCAAAGCUGCGGUCCACUAAGGAUGACUCUAGUGGCGUUCGCCCCCCCAUCCUCCCUCCUGGUGCACGUAGUUCUGGUCCACGUCCAUUUGUGGGUGGUGCUAGCUCCUCCCCACGUUUCUCUGGGCAACGUAAUGGCCCUUCUGACUCUUCACGUCUUCGUGUGACUCCUCCACGCUCUGAUACCCCUGGAGGGCUGCCUCCGCCCGUUCCUAACACUCCACGACCCAGUCAGAGCAGUAUGCAGAAUAGGGGACCUCCCCCUCUGCCUGGCGGACCUCGCUCUAUGCACACCCCGCCCCCUCUGAACCCUUCUGGGAGACAAAUGGCGCCACCACCCAUUCCAGGUGGACGUCCCUUCUCCAGCUCUGCAGCCCCACCUCCUGUGCCUCAUUCCAACCGCCCUCCUCUUCCCCCAGCUCCCAGUCGAGGAGAGGACCGCCCACCGCCUGUUCCCCCUGGCAACCGCCCAUCCAUGGCCCUCCCACGGGAUGGCCCGCCUCCUCCCCCUCCUCCUUCUGCCAACAACAAGCCGCCUCCACCUCCUUCCUCAUCUCGUGGGCCUGCAAGUUCCGCUCCUCCCCUGCCACCAGGACGACCAAAGCCCAGUGACGAUAACACGCCACGUCUUCCUCAGAGGCACCUGUCACUCACUUCUCAUGGCCCAUCCCCUCCUAUGCCUGGGAGGCCAGGCCCACUUCCUCCACCUCCCUCUGAGAGACCGCCCCCCUUGGGUCGGAAUCCGCCCACACGAACCGGUCCCCUCCCUCCUCCACCGCCUUCUGGACGACCAGGAAGCGGAAGCGUGAGGCCAGCGGUAGCCCCGCCCCCUCCGAACAGAGUAGGGUCAGAGCCUCUUCGCGCCGGCAACAGACCGCCCCUCCCACCAGACCGACCCACUUCUGGAGGACCGCCCCCUCCUCCUCCUCCAAUGGGCAAUGGGUACCAUAGUCAGGGUGCAGAUGAGUGGGAAAUGCGUUUUAGUUUCCGACCCGUGUCAGAUUUCCCGCCUCCAGAGCCUUACAUCCCCUGUCAGAAAACGUACCCCAGCAAAUUGGCCAGGAAUGACGGCAGAGGUUCAGCGAAAAAGGAGCGAGGUGCUCCCCCACUGCCUCCCAUUCCCAGAUGAAGGAAGUGGACUGGACGCUCAGGGACACCAUGCGUCUUCCUCUGUAUUUGUUCGUGUUUUUUUUUUUUCCGUCAAACAUUAUUUUUGCAUGUGUGGCACUUCGUUUGCUGCUUUUUUUUUUUUUUAAACCUACUAUGCUACACGUUGUUUACGAUAACGUCACAUUAGUGAUGGCGCUCAACAGUUUUAUACAGUUGAACCCAACACGCAAACAAAUAUCUGCUGAUGAAACACCAUGCAGUGCCUUCCCUGUUCACAUUGCUGGGCCAAUGUUUGAUAUUUUUUGUUUUCUGUGGGUGGGAAUGUACUUGUAGUUGUUUAACACAUGUGCACCGCGCACACACACACACACACACACACAGCUACUACAUCACAUAAUGAAUGAAUGAGCUGACAGGGCCAGAAAUGGGUCACGCUGCUUUAAAAUGUCUACCACAAAGCCUUUAUAUACCUAAUCUCCUUCAUUAUUCUUCCUCUCCUAGCGUUUACUCACUAUUUCUCUCUCUUUAUUAGAUGCCCCUCCCACUAAAUUUAUUCAUCAGGAUCAGUUUUGAUUGGUGGAAAAACUUGAUAUGUGGUUAAUGGAUGAAAUGUUAUUGUAUUUCCUUACUAAGUGUGUGUGUGUGUGCGUGCAUACAGAAGACUGUUUGAAGUCUGGAUUCUAUAUAUACAAAGCUCAAAUGAUUAACACAAGCUCAACAAAGUUAAGUUCUCAUUUUCUUUAUUUUUUUAAUCUAGUUUAUUUAAAACUUAAAGGAAUAGUGCAGCAUUUUUCCAAUCUAAUCUCUGUCUUGAUCCAACACAUCUGUAGAAUAUGUGCGAUAAUAAUAAUAAUAAAUAUUAUUAUUAUGGGUAAGAAUGCUGUCUCAUUUUCUUGUACUGGGGAAAAGAAGAGAAAUCCAUUUUCCUCACAAAAGAGACACUCAUAAUCCUGUAAUCCAAAUCUAAGGGCAGAUGUUGAAUUUGGUCCGUAAACGUUAAAACACAUGACAAUAUAACAAAAGAACAACCUUUGCACUAUGAAGCAGACAUGGUAGAAUGUCUCCUAGGGAGUUGUACGUAAUUUUCCAACAUUGAAGCAAUAGAACGUCAUCAUUAUUUGCACUUUCCCCAAAAAUCAAAUUCUACUCUGCAGAAAGUUAACUAACUGCCCUUAGACUUUUAUUAUUCAUGACUUUGAAGUAAACAACAGUUGUUUUUGUUUUUGCUUUUUAAUGAUCGUCUACGGUAUUCGCACAUCCACUCCCGUUGCGAUUGACAGAGACGAGAGUCGAAAAACUCUGGAGUAUUCCUUUAAUCCGUGCUGCCACCUUUUUGAAAUCAGGUGUGUGCUUAGAGCUUUGUCUGAUUACAGAAACAUGCAAUAUUCCGUGUGAGUGUCUAUGACAUGACAUGGGAAUGAUUUGAUAUUGUAAUGAAGGAUGUGCCUUAUUAUGAUCUUUGUCUGUGUGUAUAAGGAUAUUUGUCUCGAAGAAAUGAAGACCACAGAGUGCCUAAAACUUUUUUUUUCUCCAUGUUUAUUAAGUGUUGCUUCUGUUUUUGCUUUGUGCUCAUGUUCAUUUCUGUACGUUCUUGCAGUAUUAUUACGACUGUUAUAUAAUUGACAAGAUUUGUUGUGUUUCAAAAGUGCACUUUUUUUGUAUGCACAUAUCCAUAGUCUCUCUCUCUCUCUCUCUCUCUGUGUAUAAUUUUAAACAAAGGCCCUUUAGUGUGAACAUGUCACACAUUGACUGAACCUGAUAUAGGAAAUAAGCUUAUGUGUGAUGUGCAUUAGCUUGGUUUGGCUUACGAUAUUCAUGCAUUUGUUUACAGGCCAUUUCGAUGGCACAAGCUUUCACAGAAGGAUGAGAUGAGAAAGAAAGAGCUAAAAAAAAAAAAACAGGAUAAAGUAUGACCCUGUACCUUCUAUUAACCCUGACUAUUGUCAAGCCCUGCAAUCUCGUCAGCACGGAAUCUACAAGAUUAUUUUUAUUAUUUUGUUUGGUGAAGUGUGUGUGUGUGUGUGUGUGUGUGUGUGUGUGUGUAAGCAAAAAGUGCACAAAAGCUAGUCAUAAGAAGUCACAAAGCGAAGACCAAAAAAAAAAAAUCACACCAAACCUCUGGAUUGACGUGUACAAUUCUGAAAAGGUGAAAGUUCAUGAACAAUUUUAAAACAGGCCUACGGUUUCUCUCUUUUUUUUUUUUUUUUUUUGCACCCGUGCCUGUCAGUGAUGCCUCGAUGAUGUCACUAUGAAUGAGGCACAUGCAGCGGUACUAAGAGACUGUGGUUUUUCUUUUCUUUUUUUUCCUCCCUCAUUGUUUUACUUGUACUGUUUGUUAAAUCUUCUCGGCUUGUGCCUUCGUUCUUUUUUGUGUGGAACGUGAAAACAUGUUUAAGAAGUUUUCUAAAUAAAAGUUGACUUGAACCUC